CCCACCGGUUUGGCCGAAAAUCAGCGAGUUUGGGCAAAAACCCACCGGGUUUGUCAGAAACCAGGCUCGGGAACAAACGCGUCUGUGGAAAAGCAGCACGUUUGUGGAAAAAAAAAAACACGUUAAGGAUUUCACGGAAAAGCUGCGGAUCUUGGGGGAAAAGAUUCCGGCAACUUCCUGGCAGAGCCGCCGGUGCCGGGCAGGAACGGCCGAGAGAACUCGGCGGGUCCGUGAGGGGGAGCGGGGGGCACAGACAGACCUCCCAGCUUCCAAAGAGAGCGAGUUUCCGAGGAAAAAUAAAGUCAAGUGGCGAACGGCGUCGGUGGGAGUUCCCUGCUGGACACUGACAUUCCUGGGCCAUGGCUGCACGGCGCUGGAGGGGUGUCCCGUUUGGGAAUCUCUCCGAGUGUCCCAACGGCUCCCGCUGGAUCCUGGAUGUGUUCCACGAGUGUGCCCAGGACAGCCGGGACGUCUCCAGCAUUAUCCUGGGGCUGGUCUCCAUCUUCUGCUUCGCAGCCGCCUCCUUCCCGCAGUUUUACCAAGCCUGCAAAACAGGCAUCAUGGACCGGGCGCUCUCCAUAUAUUUCCUGCUGGGAUGGCUGGGAGGAGACCUCCUAAACCUCAUCGGCUCCUUCCUGGCUGAUCAGCUGCCCCUGCAGGUUUACACGGCCGUUUACUACGUGCUGGCCGACCUGGUGAUGCUUUCGCUCUACUGCUACUACAGGGUGAAGAACAGGGGUGCAAGAUUCACCGCCCCAAUCAAUGCAGCCUUUGUGUUCCUCUCCAUGGGAACAGUGUCAACCCUCUCCCUCCUGGGCAGCGGCACCUCAGCAGAGGGUCCAGGGACCUUUCAAGGGAGGUCGCUGCUGUCAGUUCACAUGGAAGAUCCUGGAUCAAAGCCUUUCACCAGGAGUGAGAUCAUUGGAUUCACCAUUGGCUCCGUGUCCUCCGUGCUGUACCUGUGCUCCCGACUGCCCCAGAUCUACACCAACUACAAGAGGAAAUCCACCACUGGGAUCUCCUACUCCCUCUUCGCCCUGGUGAUGUUGGGGAACUCUCUCUAUGGCCUCAGUGUCCUCCUGAAGAACCCUGAGCCAGGCCAAGGUGAAGGUGACUAUGUCCUGCACCACCUGCCCUGGCUGGUGGGCAGCCUGGGGGUCCUAUCUCUCGACGUAGUUAUCUCCUUCCAGUUCCUUGCCUAUCGGAAGGGAAGAGCCAGUACCCACGAGGAGAGGGAUGCUCUUCUUGGAGAGCAGGGUGACAGCCUGGAGAGCUGACCAAGGGACCUGCCUGGAGCGAGAGGAGGAGGAUGCAGAUGAAGAAAGUGCUUAAACACCGGGCAAACCAGCCCCCCUGGUGGCUCUUGGGAGAAGAGGACCUGAGCCAGUGGGUGACUUGUGCUGCAACAACAGUGGCAGAGGAUGCUGCUGUUUGAACUUGUGCCUCUUUGAUACCAAUACUAUUGGGAUAAAAGGGAAUUAUUUGAUA